AUGUCCGAUUUACUGCGCACCCUCGUCACCACUCAUGCUCGGCUUCCUCCCGAACCACACCACGUCGCACCUGGCCUUUUUCCUCCUCAGGGAAAUGUGGGUCACGACGUUCCUCCUGCUCAGGGCCUGGAAGCUCGUGUUGAGCCUCGACAGGGCAGCGAUGAUCGUGGUUUCUUUGGCAACCCGGGCUGGCACCAUCAAGAUGACCGUCGUCUCCAGUUUGACGACCAGCAGGAUCUUCAACCAGGCGACCGUUUGAUGACAACUCGGGCCUUACGUCUCGAUUUUCCCUGUUUUGAUGGCACCAAUCCUGCGGGCUGGACUUAUAAAGUUAAUCAGUUUUUUGAUUACUAUCAAACUCCCCUUCAUCAGCGCCUUCGCAUGGCCUCAUUCCACAUGGAGGGCGAGGCCCUCAUCUGGUUCCAGGACACAGAGGAGUCAGGGCAGUUUCCGACGUGGGAUGCUUUUGUCCAUGCCCUGUUAACUCGAUUUGGGCCAGCUUAUGACGAUCCGAUGGAAGAGUUGAUGCGGCUUCGUCAAUCUUCUUCGGUGGCUAAAUACACCACUCAGUUCGAGGCUCUAUCUAAUCGGCUUCGUGGGGUCUCUGAUAGGAACCGUUUGACUUGUUUUCUCAGUGGUUUAAAGGAUGAUAUUAGACUUCCUGUCUGUAUGUUACAUCCUACCAGCCUUAUUGCUGCGUUUGGCCUUGCUAAACUCCAGGAAGAAUACUUGCAGAGUUUCAGACGUCCUGUCCGUUCUGCUACGUCUUCUUUUUCCUUUGGCCAUCAGCAGAGCUGGAACCAUGCGGGCACUGUGUCCUCCCCUGUUCCAACCCCUGCAUCUGCCCCAUUGGCUUUACCGGCCAAACCACAUGCUGGACUCCCAAUCCAUCGUAUUUCUCCUGCUCAAAUGAAGGAACGCCGGAAGCGGGGCCUCUGUUAUUACUGUGACGACAAAUGGCAGCCUGGCCAUAAAUGCAAGUCUCCUAGCCUGUAUCUCCUAUCUGGCUUAGAGCUACUUUCGGAUGAAGCUCCUGAAGAUGUUUAUUAUAAUUCCACUGACACAGUUGAGCCUACGCCGGAGUUUGACGUCGUGGAAUGCAAAGACCCUGAGAUUUCCUUAAAUGCUAUUUCUGGUUCGCUCGGUGCUAAAUCCAUGCGACUUUUGGGUUUUCUCCUCCAACACCGAGUAAGCAUUUUGGUUGAUUCAGGCAGUUCUCAUAACUUCCUGGAUCAGUCCUUGUUGCUUAAGGUUCCACUCUCCCUUGAACCUACUCACCGUCUUCAGGUUAAUAUUGCGGAUGGCACUUCCAUUCCAUGUUCAGGGAUGGCCUCUUCGGUUUCCCUUUGGAUCCAGGGCCACACUAUCAUCUCAAAUUUCUAUUUGAUCCCUUUAGGGGGCUGUGAUGUUGUCCUUGGCGUUGAGUGGCUUCGCACGUUGGGCCCCAUCUUGUGGGAUUUUACCCAAAUGACUAUGUCGUUUACACUGCAGGCCCAGAACCUUACGCUCACUGGUGUACCCCCUGGCGAACUUUCAGUGGCUGACGGAGCCCACUUUCUUCAGUCCAACUCUGCCGCUACUAAGGGCCUCCUAUUGAAGUUGCUCUCUUGUGAUACAGCUCCACCCCCUACGGCCUUACCAGUUCCCAUUCAGACACUCCUGGACUCCUUUACAGAGGUUUUUUCCACACCCACUGGUUUGCCGCCUUCUCGUACCCAUGAUCACAGCAUUGUCCUCAAAAGCCCACACCCUGUCAAUAUUCCCUCCUAUCGCUACCCUUAUUUCCAAAAGGCUGAGAUUGAGAAGAUCAUACGUGAGCUCUUAAGCACUGGGGUCAUUCGCCCCGUCAAAGUCAUUUUUCGGCCCCAGUCCUUUUGGUCCGGAAGGCUGAUGGCAGUUGGAGGCUCUGCGUGGACUAUCGUGCCCUUAACCGUGACACAGUCAAAGACAUUCCCAAUUCCGGUUAUUGACGAAUUGUUAAAUGAACUCCAUGGUGCAACUGUUUUCUCCAAGCUGGACCUUCGUUCCGGUUAUCACCAAAUCCGGAUGAAGCCCGACGAUGUUCCUAAGACUGUGUUUCGCACUCACGAAGGCCACUACGAGUUCCUCGUCAUGCCAUUCGGCUUGACAAACGCUCCAGCCACUUUCCAGGCCCUCAUGAACGAAAUCUUCAGUCCAUUCCUACGCUGUUUCGUUCUUGUCUUUUUUGACGAUAUAUUGAUUUACAGCCAGAAUUUGGAGGACCAUGUGCACCACUUAAAGGCAGUUCUGGAGUCGAUUAAAGCCCUACGCGGGUUUUUGGGCCUUACCGGUUAUUACCGGAAGUUCAUUCGGCACUAUGGUAUUUUGGCUGCUCCCUUAACGGCUUUAUUAAAGAAGAAUGCCUUCCACUGGUCUCCAGCUGCGUCGACUGCUUUUGAUCAACUUAAGAAGACGAUGAUGACUCCUCCGGUUCUCAGGCUCCCAGAUUUUUCUAUUCCCUUUGUGGUAGAAUGUGAUGCUUGUGGGACGGGCCUCGGCCCAGUUUUAAUGCAGCAAGGCCGACCCAUUGCUUUUCUCAGCAAGGCCCUUAAGGGCCAGGCACUCCUUCUCUCUACUUAUGAGAAAGAGCUGCUUUCCUUAGUCACCGCUGUCCAGCAGUGGCGGCCUUAUCUGCUGGGACACUCUUUUACGGUGCGUACGGAUCGUCAGGCUCUCAAAUUUCUGUUGGAACAACGGGUGGGAACAGUCUUCCAGUAG